CUCAACAUAUCAAACAACUACUCCUACUAUAACAAUCAAAACACCCUUGAAAAACUCGUAUAUUGGCCGUCGGGAGUGCUCUUGUCAAAGCAAAGGUAACAUUCUAUUCUUCAGAGACGAUAAGAUUAUAAUUUUAGAUUAAAACGAUCGCAACUAAACUGCUCCUUUAUUUAACACAAUAUUAUUAUCGUAACAUGCGUUAUGACAUUCGGUUCAGGUACCGCUGUGGAUUAGUUUGUUAUCGUUGUACGUAAACCGUUUCGAAUCGAACGCAUUACACGUAUCUCUUGAAUGUCAUCUUUAGGACGAUCCGGUAAACCGUAUCGGCCGAAAUGGUCACCCGAGGAACGUUUUAAGCCGUGGAGUUACCGGGCGCUUACCGUUAUCGAUGUUUUCUUACACGUUUUUGUCGUAUCCACGUUUGUCAUUAUAAUAUGGCGAGGUUCUUAUGAACUGUUCGUUCAUUACCACAAAGCUUCUUAUCCUUGGCUAGCUAUUGUUUUCUGCAUUGUUGUACAGUUGAUUUUAUCAUUCACUGGAAAUCCCCUCAUAAGGUAUUUUAAUAAACCUCACAAAUCAAGAAUAGCCUUCUUGAUAACUUCUAGAGCAUUUAUAUAUGCACAUUUUAUGACUGGCUUGAUAGUAUAUGUGUACCAAGAACAAUUGUUAGACACAACGAUAUUGCAUUUUAAUUUGCAUGAAAUUGUGUCUGAAACCACUGCAACGUUGGUCGCCAUUGGAAUCUUAUGCAUGUGCCGAAUGGUUGCUGUAAUCAUGACACCACCUGCUUGUGGUCUAUCAUUCGAUCCAAAACCCGAAGAAAUUUUUCAGUUUGAAACUAUGUUUAGAGCUCAAAAGAGUAAUACGGGCUAUUCAUGUUUAUACGUCUUGGACAGUUUUUUCAGCGUCUGUAUAAUAGGUACCUUGGUAGUGGUAGUAUGGCGAGGUGUUUGGGCUAUAAUGGACAAGUACUUAUAUCCAGAACAGGAACAAAUGUCGGCAUGGUUAUCCUUAGUCAUAGGAUAUAGUGUCGUGUUAGUAGCUUUUUCCUUACAAUACUGGGUAAAGAAUCUAGUUCGAAGAAUCAAAGGAAUCAAAAGAAUAAUUGUUGUAGAUAUUUAUUUAUUGUUUUCAUUUUUUGGAGCAGUUAAUGUAUGGAGAGGUAUUUGGAAUAUGCUGGAUGUGUACUUUCUUCCAGAAGCACAAGUGACAAGCUAUUGGAUUUCUCACAUCGCAUGUUUCAUAAUUUUGGUAGCCCUUAACUCAUCAAAUUCAAUUUUAGUUCGAGGUGUCUAUAUGGACGGCGAAGGAGACGGAACACAAUGUGUAGACUUUCCUUGUUACUAUGUUCGAUUACUAGUACAAAAAAGAAAACGAAAAAAAAAUAAUGUCGUAGAGAAAGAAGAUAAAGAAAUGAUACAAGUCAAAGGAAACUUAGAAGAAGAAGAGGAAAUCGAGCAAUCCGUCAUGGGAAAACUCUUGACGAACUCAGUGAUAAAAGAAAAUGGCGAUAUUAAAGCUAAUAAAAAUGGCGAAAAUAUUAAGACAAUUGUUCAAUACGACAACAAUAUUGUUUGAUAAAUCAUUUACUCCUUGUAAGCUCGAAACAACUCUAUAGUUUGUUGAAUUGAGUCGUAUUUGUGUAUACUAUUACUUGAUUAAAAUAUUUUAUAAAAUAACAACAAUUUGUAAGGAAAAAUGAAAAAUUAUUCAAUCCUUAAAUUGUAGAAACAUUCAAAGUUUCAAGUAUACGUUCCAAAUAUCUAUUUAAGCCAAAUUUGCUAGUUUAGUUAUUUAUAAGAUUUAAGUAAGAAAAUAUUUAAAUGUUGAAAUUAUUCUAUUAUAUGUCAAUUUAGUACAUUUAAUACUUAUUAAUGAAAAAUUUUUCAAAUUGACUAGUCACGAAAAGAAAAUAAUGUUAUC